AUAUAGUAAAUAAAAAUUGUGUAAGAAUAUGGUGAGAUGUAAGUGGCGCGUUGUCGCAGGUCUGGAAGAGCUGCGCGAGCUCAGUCUCAGCCAGAACCGGUUGACGAGUUUGCCGGCGACGCUGCUGCAGCGCACGCCGCGCCUCGAGCGCCUCGACCUCUACGCCAACCACCUGCGCACUCUGCCUGCAGCCCUGCUCGCCAACCUGCACCAUCUCGUGCAGGUGCGGAUGAUGGACAACCCCGACGGCCUGGCGCUAGAGCCGCGCGCCUUCGCCGACCUGCCCGCGCUGCGCGAGCUGGACGCCAGCCGCAGCGCGCUGCACGAGCUGCCCCCCGACCUGCUGCAGGGCGCCCGCGAGCUGCGCGUGCUGCGGCUGGCGGGCUGCGAGCUGCGCCGUCUGCCGCCCGCGCUGCUGGCCGGCCUCGCCCGCCUCGAGACCCUCGACCUCUCCGGCAACCUGCUCGCCGACCUGCCCCCGGGACUCUUCUCCGAUCUUCUAAAUCUCAACGAACUCAAUCUCGAUAAUAAUCUGUUAAUGACCCUGCCGAGCUCCGCCUUCCUCGGUCUGCGCAAUCUGGACACGCUGUCGCUGAACCGCAACCGGCUGACGGAGAUGGCGCCGGACGCGUUCCUCGGCGUGCGUCGGCUGCAGCGGCUGUCCCUCUCGCACAACCUCCUGGCGCUGGGCGAGAGCGAGCGGGACGGCGAGUACGGCCCGCUGGGCGCCCCGCCCUCCGCCUUCGGCGCCCUGCCCUCGCUGCGGCGCCUCGACCUCAGCCACAACCGCGUGGCGGCGCUGCUCGACGACUGGCGCCUCGUGCUGGUGUCUCUGCAGCGCCUCGACCUCUCCUGGAACAGCAUCGUCGACCUCAACUACAUAAAUUUAAACUUUCUGAGUUCGGAAGUGACGGUCGACCUCCGACACAACAACAUUUCCACGGUCAUGCUGUCGGGUCCCAGCGACGGCAGCGCCGUGUUCCUGCUGGACGACAACCCCUUCCGGUGCGACUGUCACACCCCGGCGCUGCGCGAGGCGCUCUCCUCACACGAGCGCGGCGAGCGGCGCCCCGGCCCCCGCCUGCUCGCCCCCGCCGCCCUCUGCGCCGCGCCCGCCGCCCUCCGCGGCCGCCCCCUGCCCGCCGUGCCCGACCGCCUCCUCGUCUGCCCGCUGCCCGCCCCGCUCUGCCCGCCCGGCUGCGGCUGUCUGCUGCACCCCCGCGCCCUCCGCCUCGACUGCGACCUGCCGCCCGACCGCCUGCCCGACCCGCACUCGCACGGGGUCGACCACCUCGAGCUCCGGCUGCGGACCGCUCCAUCCGACCUGCGAUCCCUCCCCGGGGUGCGGACCCUGGACCUCGCCGGCCUCGACAUGACCGAGCCGCCGGCCAUCGCGGCCGGAGUCGAGGUCGACCUGACCGACAACCGGCUGAGCCGCGUGCCGGCCGAGCUGCUCGCCGACAACACGCUGCGGCUGGCGGGCAACCCCCUGGCCUGCGACUGUCCGCACGCCGCGGACGUGCUGGCCCUGCAGCGCGCCGGCGCCGGCCGCCUGCUCGACUACGAGGAGCUGCGGUGCGCGGGCGGGGCGGUGCUGCGCCGCGUGCGCUCCGACGCGCUGUGCCUCGAGCGCGACGCCAUCGUCCUCGGCGUGUCGCUGCUCUGCGUCGCGGCCGUCGUGCUCUGGGUGUGCUACCUGCUGCGUCGGCUCGGCGGCGACGUGCUGUACUGGGUGCUCGGCUGCGGCUGCUGCUCGCCGGACGACGAGGAAGACCUCGACAAGACGUACCACGCGUUCGUCUCGUUCGCGCACGAGGACACGGCGCUGGUGGAGGAGAUGGUCGCCGCGCUGGAGUCGCCCCCGCACUCGCUGCGGCUGUGCGUGCACUACCGCGACUGGACGCUCGGCGACUGGAUCCCCGAGCAGAUCGCCGCCUCGGUGGAGAACUCGCGCCGCACAGUCGUGGUGCUCUCGCGCGCCUUCCUCUCCUCCUACUGGGGGCUGCUCGAGUUCCGCGAGGCUCACAGGCGCGCGAUGGCGGACGGCAAGGCGCGCGUCAUGGCGGUGCUCGUGGGCGACGUGCUGCAGGACCCGCGGCUGGGCGACGAGCUGCGCGCCUACCUCGCCACCACCACCUACCUGCACCGCGACGACGCCCGCUUUCUGCCCAAGCUGGCGUCUGCGCUGCGCCCGCGCCGCCCCCUGCUGCAGGCGCUGCGCCGCGCCGCGCGCCCCCCAUGUCGUGUCGUCUGGCAGAUGUCGUGUCGUCUGGCAGAUGUCGUGUCGUCUGGCAGAUGUCGUGUCGUCUGGCAGAUGUCGUGUCGUCUGGCAGUUGUCGUGUCGUCUGGCAGAUGUCGUGUCGUCUGGCAGAUGUCGUGUCGUCUGGCAGAUGUCGUGUCGUCUGGCAGAUGUCGUGUCGUCUGGCAGAUGUCGUGUCGUCUGGCAGAUGUCGUGUCGUCUGGCAGAUGUCGUGUCGUCUGGCAGAUGUCGUGUCGUCUGGCAGAUGUCGUGUCGUCUGGCAGAUGA